UUUAAAUUCAAUACUGUCGUUUCGUUCCAUUUCCAUACAAAAAAAGAGAUUUAAUUUAUUUAGUUAUUUUUUCUUUUAAGUAAUCGCACAUGUGAAAUAUACUCCCAAUAAAUUUUAUGCGAAAAUAGAAUGUUUCAAAACAUAAGUUUUCCGUUUUUAAGCGCCUUAGCAUUUAUAUCCUGGACGAUUAUGUGCUAUUUGCACAUCAUUGAAGAACAGGUGAAAUCUGAUGAUUAUAAUGUCGAAAUCUAUACAGAGCGUUCACGUUUUGCCGAUAGACCGCAAUAUUGUCCAAUAAAUUCAAAACCGAGUAUCAUAUCGCGAGCAUGUGACUUGGUGGUGAGCUAUGGAUUAAUCCUGGCAGCCACGGUUGCCUUCUCCAAGCUAUUAAAGUAUCUUGAGAUGGACAGUACAAACUUCCUGGAGAAGGAGUCUGCAAAUCUUUCAGUUGAGGAAUCGUUUCCAAACAUCGCAAAACAGAUUAAGACAGAGGCUGAGAAGAAUGAGAAGUUGUCCUCUGAAUAUAUGCAGCAUAAUUUGGAGUUAAGAGAACAAUUGGAUGAUUUGCAGGCGCGAUGUCAGGAGCUGCUUCAGGAACUUCGUAUUGGCAAAAGUAACGGUCAUAACAAUGACGACGCUCUAGAUGAUUCCAAUCCUUCCACCACCAGUUUGAAGGAUUCCGAUGAGUCUUUCAUGUCCACCGAUAGUAGUAUCCACAAUUGUGAUGAUAAUUCCGGUGUGAUAAUGUGGAAACAACCUGCCGAAUUCAAAUCUAGUCGAAUUUCUGUGUUGCAUUCUGACUCUGAUGUCUCCGCGCCAAUGUCGCAAAAUGUCUAUGUUACGCACAGUCAUAUUCACAUUAACUUUAAUGGACCGGUGCGCUUAUCACAGCAGAAUCUGAAUAUUAAUAGAUUCCGCCUCAAGGAACUGCCCAGAAAUAGCGAGUUUCGGCAAGUGUGGGGUAACUACUUAAAAGGACCUAAUGAGAUACCUAUGCUAACAAGCGUUCAUAAUAUUAUAAUGUAAAAUCACAAAUAAAAAACUAAUAUACAUU